AUGCUAGGUCGACGAACUUCGACGAACGGGAAGGGUACGCCGGGGGCCGCCGCAACCGACGUGCGGCGUCCGAGCCUCGAGCAGGGUUUGCCUCCGUGGGCUCCGAAGUCGACGACAACAGCACUAGCGUCUUCUUCUUCGUCCCGCGGCCGUCGAACAAGCUUCUCCGGCGGGCCCCCCGCCUGGGCUCCGCAGCACCAGCAGGGAGGGGACUCGCCGUUGGCUGAGCAGCUCAAAGCGAGGGCCGACGAGAGCCCUGAAGGAAGGAGGCCCGGGCUUGCGGGAGGGAUGCCCUCCUGGGCCCCUGCAGACAAAAAAGUCGCCGCUGGGUCCGAUGGCUCGAGCCGACGAAGACGGCGGUCGAGUCUCGGCGGGGGCAUGCCGGCAUGGGCGCCGGCAGGUCCAGGAGGGUCGCCGACGCGAUCUAGGAGGCAGGAAGAGGACGAGUUGCCCGUUCCUGAGCCUGAGCAGGCUACGCCGGCAUUGCCGGAUUGGCUGACGGCCGCCGCGGGAGGGGGGUCUGCACAGAAAGAAGCUGAUGGCACGGCAUUGGACGACGAGGCUAGAACGGAGUGGACAGCCGCCUGCGAGUCUUCUGGAAACACAGACGCUGCUUGCAACAACGUUUCCUCCGGGCACAGCGGUGGCAGCGAAGGGCUAGACUGGCUUUCGGCGGCCGCGGUGGUACGGAGGCCACAGAUGAAAAGCCGUACGGCAAUAAGCACGAACCUUGUAGCAUCGGAAAGUCGGGCUCAACAACGGAAUUCGGCGUCCUCUGUACCAUCAUCAUUGAGCAAGAUAACUUCCAGCACUGCUCCGGGGAGCUGGUUGGCUUUGUCCAUCGCCUCCGGAAAUCUCGGUGGCCUCAGCGAUGACGGCGAAAGCCAUCUCGCCGGCGACCGUACCAACAACGGCGGAGAUACCGGCAAGGAGGAUACAGCGACACAAACGGAUGAUGUCGUGAUAGUCGAGGCCAGCACAACAGUUUCAGAACAGACUACGUCGAAGAAUUCCACCAAGUCGAAGCUUCCGCCGUGGGCCAAGCCCUGGUCUAAACCUUCCGCUCCUGCCGUCGCUGGCCCUGAUUCAACGUCACCAUCAUCUAUAGACAAUCGUCAAGCACCGAACGUGGGUGAGGAUAAGGCCACCGACGCCGGUGGCUCGUCUUCGGGAGGGGGCGGCGGAUUGGACUGGAUCAGCGCUGCUGUUGACAACGGGGUCCGGACGGCUUGA